AUUGCCGAAGAGUUGCUACACGCAUGCGCAUCCCUUGUCCAUAGGCUCCAAUUGUAGGCUAAAGUUAGCUUGGAGAUAAGAGCCAUACGCAAAUAUUUGCCACCUGCACCAACUUUUAUCGCUUUGCCAGUUGCACCAGCUUAAUUUUACGGACAACUGACAAGCCAUUUCAAUCAUAACUCUCAACAUUUAGUCGAAUUGGAGUUUGUGCGUCGUCGCCGAAGAACUCAACUUACCGUGAGCCCUUUUGUUUACUGCCUAAAGUCAUGAGGUCGCCUCCUCCUACUUGGCUCAGCACUAACUAAGGAGCUGGGUCACCACCUGCAGUCACUGCGGCUCAUUUCACAAAUGGCUCGCACUUGACUGCAUAUAACCAACAGCUUUGUUCAGGACAGCUCGGGAAUGGAGACAUUCGGGGUGUGUGACUGCUGAAACUGUGGUGUUAGCCUGCGCACAAGGAGUUCACCAUGAUGCCUGUAAGUUAUGCACAUGCAGUUCCUAUUCUUCAAAUGUCAUAACUUUUUGCAUUUCCAGUAGUUUCUUUAAAUGGAAAUGAGGCAUUGGAUUCUUUAGUAUGAGGCAAAUUUGCAGAUUAUAAUAAACCCAGAGUGGAAUAAUGGAACUCUUACCAUACAUGGACCUCUGUGAACCCAGUUUGGUGAGUGGGAUAAGGCAAUACUAUACACUGGUGUAUGGAAAAACCCACAAUACUGAAAAAAGAAACUGAAACAGGACUCCUGAAACCUAAACCCUAAAGAUUGAUUGCGUGGUCUGCUUAAGGUUGUUUGGACUCAUCAUUUUAAGGACAUAAUGUUGCUUGAGAAUGAUAUGAUAGGAUUCUGUCAUCACAAUCCAAUUCCCAUGACAGAGGAUAUGAUUGUUCCCUGUUUCGGGAGUCCCUGGAUUGCCUUAUGUCCUUAAAAUAUACCCCACAGAGCAAAACUGGGUUACUGGGCUCCUUUUACUAGUUUGACAUAAUGCAACUCAUUGUACCUGACAAGUCUGACCACCUGCAAAGAAAAUGUGAGCUUUUAGAAACAAAAGCAUAAAUACAGGCUGACACUGUUUGCAGUCAAAGCCCUUCUUGCAGAGUUUGGAGUCUCAACAUUCACCGAGGACAAACACAGUGGCUUGUUUCCUCAAGCAGCUUAGAGGAUAAGCUGACAAUGAUCACCCUGCUUGCCCUUAAGUUGAAUUGUUGACUCAAGUCUAUAUUUAACUUUCUGUGUGAUGUUUUUAAGCCUUUAUAUCACAUAGGACUUAAAAUAUUAACUUUUCACAGCUGCUGAUAGGCUAAACAAACACUUUCAUGCACUCACUGUUCUCUUCUUUUGAGGAAAAGCUAAAUCCAUGUGAUUGUCAUUUUUGGGUUUAGUCAUCAUUUUUAGUAACAUUUUACUCACCAUGUAAUCUGCAGAAUUUUGUGACCAUGGUGACAACACCAGAUAGAUGUCUGACAGAGCAUGCAUUAUCAAGAGGUGUAGAGGUACAUGUGUAGAUGCCAGGAUAUUUUGAGAUGGCACAUUCAGAGCAGUGCAAAUGUUUACUAUUCUGAAUGUGAGCAGGAAUAAAAGUACUGUAAUUGAAAUCCACAAGACUAGAAAACAAACAAACCACACACGUACUGUAGUGUACAGUGACCUUCUCAACAGAUGUUACCAGCUUCUACAGGCUACUGUUAUACAGCCACAGGUGGAGAUAAGAGAGAAGGGAGCAGGGAAAAGAGCAGGAGGAGGCAGGUGUGUGUAUCUGUGUGUGUCGUUGUAAUAGUUGCAGUUGCGUGUCGUUGUCGCUCAGGCUUCAAUUGAUCAUCAAUUUAUCAAAAAUAGUGAUUUUGCCUCAAGGUUUUGAUCUGGCCUUUUAAUGAAAUAUUCUGAAAAAAGUGAAUGUUACUCAAAAUUAUUUUGGCAAGUUCAAAGUUUGCACAAGAGUUUGGCGAUAUGGCCUCAAAUCAACAUCACGAUAUAUUGAGCAGUUCACCUUGAUAACGAUAAAUGGACGAUAACUACUCCACAGGCUGCUCACCCCCUCCCACAUUAACUUUGUCUACUUCAGCCGCUGCUCCAGCCACUUCAACUUUUGUUCCGUCCUUCAUCUCCUCACCUGUUUUUCCAUCGUUUUUUAUGGACUGGAUGGGGUGGAGUGGCAUCUCCAACUUAGGACAGCAUCCUAAAGGGACAUGAGACCAAAGCCUGCCUACACAUAUCCAAAACCAACUUUUAUUUAUUUAUUUAUUUGACACAGAAUAUACAGACAUGGGCAAAAUGACAUCAGUUAUUGUUAUAAAUUUCGGUAUCGGUAAAUUUUCGGUUUAUCACCCAGCCCUAGUUUGCACUGAUGUUAAGUUUUUUAAAUCUACCUACCAACUCAGGCUGUGUGUUUUAAAAUUUAAUUUCACACCCUGCCUGCAAUCCUGAAGUGUUGAUGUUGUUCUUCAGACAGUAAUUUUAGAAUGUGGCACUCCCACAGUCAACACAAUGGUGGCAAACAGCAGCAUCUAAAUUUUAGGAGCUGUUGAAAACACUAAUCCCACGUCGCCAUCCUGAAAGCUGCUACAGUGAUGGAUAACCGCCGUUAUUAAAAGCCGUAUCACAUUUUGUUGUCCUAUGUGACUGAACUGUUGACUUAAAGUUUGUUAUUAUUGUGAUGUAACCACCUUCAUCAAUCAGCUUCUAGUUUGCGGAGCAUUUGUAUGUUGAUUUUGUAGAUGUCAACAGGACAUCCUGAAAAAACGAAGAUGAGGCUCAAACAUCAAAACCACAAGAAUUUCUGCGGACCUCUGAUUUGUCUUUUGCCGUCCUGCGGCAGGAACUCAUCCUGUGUGUGCACGGACCCUGCAUGGACUGAGGCUGCUCUGUUUUUAUCCGUCUAUAACAUUAGAUAAGCGGGCAGACUUCUCAUACAACAAUGAUGCAACGCAAAGUGCUGUACUUAAAAAGAAAAGGAAAUUCAUACAAAGGGAUCCCACCCUGAAAACACACACACACACAUCAAUCAAUAGAUGUAGUUAGACAGGAGCUUUAAAAAAAUAAAAUAAAUCAAAAAUAACUGAGCAAACGGAGAGAAUGUCAUCCUAAGAGAAGAAAGAAACUCUGGAGGUAGAGUAAAAUGUUGUAAAUGUAUCGUCAGCCCUAAUGUUUAAAAUAAAGAAAGCAGCUUCUUCGUCGAAACAGCUCAUGAUUUCUAUUUCUUUGUGAAUGUUGAGACUUUCCUCUGAACAUGGAGGUUGCAGAGUGGGUUAGUCCUCUCAUCAGUGAACAGCCUGUGAGAAACACUCAUCUCCAGACUUGGAUUAGCAGUGAAGCGGGGAGUUAGAGAGCCUGGCAGGGACUGGGGGCAGCAGUCUGAGUAACAAGACAGACGCACACAUAUACACACACACACACACACACACACACACACACACACACAAAACAGUACAUUCCUCUGUCAUUCCUACAUCGACAGCAGCCAGGCAGAACAGAGAGUGCUUAUGUUGGACAAUGCAUUCUGCAAUUGUGAGGCAGGAUCAGCUGAGUCGAAAUAAGUACAAUACAAUACAAGAACUUAAUUGAUCCCCAGAUGGAAAUCAUUAAGUCAGGAUUAGUGUGAUUUUAUUUAAAUAAUAGAAAACCUCAGUGAAGAACAGAGGAGGGUUUGAAAAGUAAACACCAGCUACAAGAAAUAGAGGCGUUGUGUGUUUUUUAAAAGUAUUUUAUUGAUAUGUUUCACUAUUUUUUCAUUAAUACCACUUGUUUAUUAUUGUACAUGACCCUCCUGCUGAUUUGUAAGACAGAUUUCUGGCUAAAAACUAGAGAUGCACCGAUCCAAUUUUUCCGAUCCAAUCCGAUACAGAUACCUGGGCUGAGCGUAUCGGCUGAUAUCUGAUACCGAUCCAAUACUACUGUUGAAUUAAUGAACUGUAUACUUUGCCCUGUGAGUAAAGGGAUCAGGCUUGACAUUAGCUUUGUUAAAAAAAGAUAUCAAAUUAACAGAGAUAUAAAUUUACUUAAUAAUAUUUAUUGACAAAUUGCACAUUAGCACAGACAAAGAAUUUGGAGCGAACAGAAUCACUGUGUUGCUGUGUAUGAUAUUAAUUAAAAGAAAAAAAAAAAGACUGAAUUGGAACGCUGAAUAGGCAUCAUUCAUCAAAUAUCCUAUCCAGUUAAUUUGUCAAUAUCAGAGCCAAUAUCCGAUCCAAACAUCAUCUCCAGAUUACAGAUUUGGAGGUUGACUUUCUUAUGUUUUGGAGCUAGAAACGAUUAUAGUCUUUCCUCUUGAUUUUGUUCACCAUAUUGGUUGUAGCAGGUUUAUUAUGAGGCUGCUGUUUUAGGGAAAUAAUAAAUUCAGUGUAACUUUAACACAAUAGUGUUCUUCCUGUUUAACAAAAUGCGUGUUUUGGGCUGUGUAGGUUAUGUCUUUGUGUUGGUAAUGUGGAUUAGAAACAGUGACUCUCAGGGAUGCAUGGUAUUAUCAGCAUUAUGUUUGCAGAAUACGGUUUAAAAAGUAAAUUAUGGUGUUUAACGGUGUGAAAUUUUCCACUGGCAUGUACCGCCCGUGAGGUGACACAUUCAGUAUGUGAAAGUGAUGAUGCGUGGCCUCAACAAGCAUCUACAUGUUAGUCAUGUGGAAGUGUUUCAAAGAGUCAGGAACAGACGGCAAAAUGGUCAUUUUCAGUGAAGCUCAAGUGAUGCAAGACGGAGCAAAACAACACUCCCUGUAACACUCCCAUGUCAAAUGUGCAUGACAAGGACCGUCAUCCUGAUCAGUAUCAACACCAAAAAAGUAUCGACAACAAAGAAAAUCCAACCAACAGACUGUCGAUACAUUAGGAUUAUUGUUCGAGCCAGUAUCUCUUAUUUUUGCCAAGAUGAUUUUUAAAAUGUCUGCCUAUCAGAUAUCUUAAUUACUGUAAGAGUAAUUUUGUGUGAAAUUUUAUCCUGGUUCCAUCACUGGAUUAACAAAAUAAUCAUUAAGAAUCUUACAGCAUUAAAACAACCUCUCAGUACUUCUCUGUUGGGUUUUGCUGCUGCUUUUUGCUUUUUUGAUGAUUUCAAGAAAGAUAUUUGUCUCAGCCUCACUGAACUUCCUAAGUCCUGCCUUUGAACACGUUUUCUUAGAGUAAGAUCAAACAUACGGUGAUUUGGUAGGUUUAAUGUUGUUCUUGUUUCUCCCUAGAUGGCUUUUGAGCUGUCUGACAGCGUGACACUGCUGUUUGACUUCUGGGAUGUUCGUGGACCAGCAGGUAGGCUGCCAAAUGUCAAACAUCAUCUUCACAUAGAUGAGCCAUUUACUAAUGACAGAUCUAUCAGGCUAGCAGUCACUCAGAACCAGUUCAUCUGGUUAAAACACACUAAAUUGUUAUGCCAAUAGACAUAGCUGGCUCCAAAUUGUUUACGGUGUUUGAUAUUACUUCCAGUUGAAGUGCUUGUUUUUUUUAAUAUUCAUGUUCCAUUAAACCCACAUAUCCGAGGCCUGGGAGAUGGAGUAGGGAGACAUAAUGAGUUUAAAUUCAUUUUAGUAAUGCAUUAAAACGUCGGCCUGGUUACAUGUAAAAUAAUGUGUAAGAUCAUGUAUGGAAGCUUCUUGUGUUGCAGCAUGUUAGUUCUUGGUGUGAAAUUGGUGUGUCCAAGACUUUGAUUUUGGAGUCAACACUGUUAUGCUCCAAGAAAAAUGAGGAAAAAUGUAUAUUUUUUUCACACACACAAAAAAAAAUCAGUUAAGAUAUUUGAUUUACAUCUGCAUCAUAUGCAGCAAUACCUAGGUUUGGGAUUUUUAACCCUAACACUGAUCUCGUCUCAGAUACUGUUCAAUGUUUAAGGAGAAAACUCUAAAUAAAAAGUUUAGAAAAAAAAAAACUUUUUCUCCAGCAAACUAAUAAACUCUUUGGUGCCACUCUUAAGUUUGAUGUAUCUGGUGUGUAUCAGCCUCAGUUUGUCACCUGUAAGCUCUUGUAAAGUUUUCUGACAUUUAUGAACGAGGCCGUAAUUGACGUCAAUGACCUUUUAUGAUACACAAAAGCAAACAAGAUCAUCAGCAGCAACAUCGGUCAUUUUGACAUUGUAAUUUUAGUGCCCAGGUGCAAUAGUGCAAGGGACAAGGUGAAGAAACAGACUAACGUUUUUACAUUUUCAACAUUUAUUAUUCACAGUACAUCAAAUUUGAAUUUGAAUUUCCCUUGUGGGAUUAAUAAAGUAUCUAUCUAUCUAUCUAUCUAUCUAUCUAUCUAUCUAUCUAUCUAUCUAUCUAUCUAUCUAUCUAUCUAUCUAUCUAUCUAUCUAUCUAUCUAUCUAUCUAUCUAUCUAUCUAUCUAUCUAUCUAUCUAUCUAUCUAUCUAUCUAUCUAUCUAUCUAUCUAUCUAUCUAUCUAUCUAUCUAUCUAUCUAUCUAUCUAUCUAUCUAUCUAUCUAAACUUCUGUCAAGUCACUGUCAAUAUAGCGCUUAAUUAAUGUUUACUGUUAAAUUUAACUCGUGUCAUUUUUUAACCUAAAUUUUAUUGCUGUGUUUAUUUAUUCAUAUUACCUAGCCAUCCACUGUAUUAUCCACUGCAGUUGUAUUUCAGCAUUCUGUAUAUUUUAUCCUACACUUAAGACUGACCAGGGACAAAGUCUGCAAAUUAGCUAAAGCUAGACGUCUUGUAUGCAUCACAGUUUCCAUUUUUUGUGGCAAUGUUUAGUCCCUGUUAAAUACACAUUAAAAUAAAAAAAAUAAACAGGAUAAGUUUUUAUCUUUUUAGUUGGACAUUUGUUCUGUAAUCUGUAAGAUUCAUUCCUCUCAUGUGGAGUGAAAAGUUUCUCAGCUGUACACAAGAGUCCAGGAAGUCUCUGCACCAUAAAAAGAAAUGUUCCAGUACAGACCCCUCAAUGAAAUAUUUUGUUUUACAGAUUAAACAAGGUUUAUAUUACGAGUUGAACUUUGAGUCUAAGUGGUGCUGGUGGUCGGGUUUUACUGCAGACACAGCUGGGAGUCUGUAAGCUCAGUAAUGCACUCUCAGAGGGGUUUUGAUCUCCUGAAAAUAUGUAUAAAUAUUGUCCAGAGUGUAAUGCAGUUUGUUUAACACAGACUUUUGCUGUGUGUUGUGACUCUGUGCUCCACAGGCAUGGUGCUGUCAGUGUUUGUGGUUUUCUUGCUGACCGUCUUCUAUGAGAUCCUCAAAGUGUGGAGGGUAUGGCUGGGGGUCAAGCAUAAACUGGCCCAGCAUGAGUCCCGGUACGGCCCCGCCAUGUCUUCUCGCUGUGACAACAGCUCAGUGCUGGAGAACAGUCCCUCGGAGUCCUCGCUGACCCCCAUAGACCCACCCUCUCCUGGUCCACACAGAUUCAGGUCAGGACCUGGUAUAAACACAACGACUUAGACUGUUUGUAUUUAUCAAGUAAUAGUUUUAGUAGAGUCACAAACAUUGGGAUUGAGAGAGGUCGUAUCUCUCCAUUUUCUCUUUCUUUACCUCACUUUUUUCCCCUCUUAUCGUAAAUUGUCCAAACAUUUACAUUUCGUGCAAAAGUACUGAUAAAUUGAGUCAGAGGAACACCAGAGUCACGGUGAACUGCAGCAGUAAUCCAUCCACUGUUUUCUGUUGAAGCUUUCAGGUGGUUUUCUUUGUAAAUGAGCCUGUCAGUAAACAGACUAUAGGUAACACGUAAUGAGAUAUUUCUCAGUCUGUGUGAGACUGAACAUUGACCUACCUCUGUAAAAUGGCUUACAUACACUCUGUUGUAAUAAUAAAAGUCUUUGGCUGUUGCAUAACACUGAACAUAUACAUGCUCAAUUAGGCAACUGCACGAAUGACUCUGUGUGUAUUCUGUGUACUGGUUUACGCCCAAGAUACUUAAUUAAGCUGUUGAGCAGAAACCCUGCCCUAGGGUAUAUUUACCUGAGGGCAUAUAUGGAUCGUUUAAAGUUGAACUUUUUUUGUUAAUACUUUCACAAUAAUGUGAGUUAAUUAUUAGGAGUGGGAAUCAGUAGAGGCCCCACAAUAUGAUAUUAUUGCAAUUUUCAACAUUUUGCAGUACAGUGAGUAUUGUGGUACAAUAAACUGCUAUUUAUAAAAUUUUUUAAACUGUUUAGCUAAUUUAGCAUUUGUCAUUCUUUUAUGUUUGUCUUAUUUACGCUGUAUUUUAUUUUCCUCUAGCACAUCUUGCAAACCUUUUAAUAUAUUUGUUGUACUAACUUUCUCUUGCUCUACCUCACUAGACAAACAGUUGAUUUUAUUUUUCCAUUAUCAUACAUUUGACUUCAUAUUAGCAAUCAAUUAGAAAAAUCGAUACUUAGUAAAUGAGAUGAUAUAAUAAAUCACCUGACAAAAUAUUGCGAUACUAUGCUAUAUCAAUUUUUUCUCCCACCCCUAUUAAUUAUUCAGUAAAUUAGCUUGUUAGGUAGUUUUGGUGGCAUCUUGCAGCUCCCUAAUCCGUGUCCUACAACCCCUUUGAAGGGUCCCAACCUGCUCAUCUGUAAUGCACACAUAGAUCCUCUGUAAUAAAUUUAACUCGUCUUCUUCUUCAUCCUCAGCCUGCUGAUGCACAUCACUCAGACGAUCCUACACUUGAUGCAGGUGUCUCUGGGCUACCUGUUGAUGCUGUGCGUCAUGACCUACAACUUCUGGGUCUUCCUCGGUGUCAUCGGAGGCUCCACCCUCGGUUAUUUCAUCUCUUUCCCUCUCCUGGAACAGAUCUGAUGGUACAGACAGUUUAGAAAGGAUGUCUUUUUGUUAACCGAGGUAAAUGGGGAAACUUCCAGAAUGAUUUAAUUCUGCAAGUCAUUGGUACAUGUGCUAAAAAUGAGCUAUGCGACACUAACUGCGCAAACACGUCCAUCUGAAUGUGGAAAUUGGAGUUUUCCAGCACAAAAUCUUUCUCAGAUCAUCAGUCCCCUGUCCUCUGGCUUUGGGACUCCAAAGCACUUGAAUAGAGAAUAUUAAGUUAAAAACAAAGUGAACCAUUGGGACAAGGUGUAUUAUUUCAUAUGUAAAAAGCCUUUAUGUAUGUGAAAGGGAUAAAACUGCUCCUCGGUGUUACAGGCGCAUUCGUCCUCGUGCUCUGAUGCGGCAAACAUCCAAAUCCACACCUAACGUGGGCAAACAAAAAUGAGAACAAACACUGGGAUGUUCUACAUCAGAGGUACAACCAAAUUGACUGUAGGAAACAGGCCGUGCUAAUUGUUAUUGUUUCCGUACUUCUGUUUUCUUUGUGCUUGUCUGAUCAAUUUGAACCAUAACUCAGUUUAUAUAGAAGUUAGACACUACGGGUGAUUAAAGCAUUAAAAAUGCAACAUGUCUGUUACUCAGUCAAAAGUCAGUUGAGCUGGAUACUGAGGGGGUUUAUAUUUCACUGUGGGUCACUGACGCAGUCUUUCAUUUCGAGCUGAGAUUAAGAUUGAAAGGUCACAAGACUUGAUUCUGUUUGAGGAACGGGAUCACAUGGUCGCAGCUCGUAAAACUUCUCUGAUGUGUCAUCUUGUUUUGCUAACGAAUCAGUGUCAUUGUCAUAAAGACAUGGAAAGACAAAGAGAGCUGAUCAUGUGGUUCUUUAGAGAUCAUCGACCAAACUCCAAAGGAAAAAAAAAAAAGUUUGAGUGCCUUGCCAACAUUUGUUUAGUACUGAAAUAUGCUUUCUUCUGUAUCUGAUAGAGGCGUAUUUAUAUACAGUGAAUCACUUGUGGUGGAUUUUUGGAUAAAUAUCUUAUUUUCUGUCACACUUUGGAGUUCUUGUGGAUCAAAAAUAAAGAACAAGGUGAAUGAAACAGCUUUAUUUAUCCAUCUGUUUGUUUGAUAAAAUAGACCAAAACAUUUAAGAAGGGCUGCUUAAACCAAUAAAGACGCUUCUGUUCCGAAUGAAGCUUGCCUCACAGAUUCAUGGUAGUCUUCCUCUUUUAGAGCUCAAUCUUAUGUCUGAAUCUGAAGACAGAAAACCCCAAAACUGUCUGAGAAAUGGUAAAAAAUAAACACAGUUUCACAACAGGAAACUGACUCAUUACAAAAGCAGGAAUGGCAAAUGUCUUUCCACUGUGUUCAGGAUGACAUUGCAGUUUUGUUUGGUGACCACAGAUAAAAAAAAACAUGGAACAAAUUCAUCCAAUAGAAAGUGAGAUGUGGUUAAUGAGAUUAACUGAGAACACUUAACACCCCGGGGGCUCACAGUGUCCUUUAAGUCCUCAAAAGAAACUGAUCAUGUUGCAAUGAUUAAAAGGUUCCCAGAGAGCAAUUCACCAUGAAGCAACAAACAAUAAAAUUUAGAUGUUAAACAGUUUGUACUUUUAUUCAAAUAUUACACUCUGUCUUUACAUACAUAAUUUCAACAUGUUUUUGUGAACUCUUAUGUCAAAUUAUUUCAGGUUUUUACCUUCAAGAUGUUUUGUUAUAUUUUAAUCUUUAUCAGGCUUCUCUUCUUGUUUCCUGCAAAAGGAGCCCUUUCUGCUCGUUCUUCUCUUGAGUCACUGGUAGCAUUUUAUGUCCUCUUCAUGGUGCAUGACCACUCAGCUGGACAUUCGCAAAAUAUGCUAACAGCUUGACACGCGGUCCAUCUUAAAUGUAGAAUCAUAGACUCCAAUUUCCCUGCACAUGAAAGCAGGUUUCUUUAUGAACCUUUAAUGUAACAUCCUUUCCCCUCAAUUUUACUGAACAUUUACAGGUGCAUCUUCACAAAAUAAGAAAAUUAUAAACAUCCCAUAACUCCCAUCAGCUGCUGAAGAAAGUAACCCAUGGCAAAAGAGCCCCAGCUAAGUAUUGAGUCUGUAUAAGAACACACUUUCAGAUGUUGGACAUGUUUUGAAUCGUUUUUGAUUGAUCUUCAGGAAUAAUCUGUUUAUUCUGAGAUACUGAAUUUACAUUUUUCAAAGAUACAAGCCACAGCCAUGAAAAUUUAAAAAAAUGGCUUCAAAUGUUUCAAUUUACGGGCAUUUAAUAAAGAAAAUAUGAAACUUUAUCUUUAGCCAGAAAGACGUUUUCCUGAUUUGCAGAACUGUGAGUGUUUUUCGUAGUAUGGUUGUUGCUUAUAUUUCUGCACAGAUGAGGACAUGAAAAAGUCGAUUAGAAUCUAAAAAGAAAAAAUUGGCUCAUAGAAAAGUUUUUUGGCUGUACAAAGAAGUUAAGGGAAAAUAUUGGUAAAUAUAAACUCAUGAAGCAAAUGUCCAGAAUCUCCCUCGUGAUCAGGUGGAGGUCUAUCUCUGAUUACAAGUUCAUCAAAUCCAAUGAGCUGAACGCGAUUAUUUACACAUGUUGGCCGUCUACACCCACAGGCAAAGAGACAACAACACCGUUAAAUAUUUCUGCCACAAAACAUAUGAACAUCUUCCUUUUCCACACAGUUUCUUCCAGGUUAAAUAUCCAGAGUUGAAACAUUACGGCCACUUGUGAACACAGAAAAAGUUAUAAAGUGAGCGAAAUUAGAAAUAGAGACCAGUCUUUUAGAAACACAGAGUGAAAGUCCUCAUACAAAUCCCCACACACAGUUAAAAGGUAAGAUUGUAGCGCCCCCUGCUGCCCAGAAAGAAGCUGAUAUCACGUAAAAGAAAUUCAUUUAAAGGCACAGUCUGUCAUUCUUUCCAACUUUUUCUAUUUUUUUAUUUUAUGUGAAAGAUAUAAUUUAUGAACAAAAAGCUUCACUGUGAUUUGAAAACAUAUACAACUACCGUAAAACUUCAAAAUGAGUGACCAAGGCUUUUGUCUGUUUCAAUCUACAAAGUCAAUUUGCCUUUAUUUGGACAGUCUUAAUAAGAGACGGGCUUUUAAUUACUUUAGAAAAAGACCUCUGCUGAGUAAAGACUGGAAAUUUUUUAAUAUUGUUUUUAAUUUAAUCCCUUUAUUUCCAUCUCUAGAGCCAGCUCAGGUAGUAAAGACACUCCCUGUUCGCUAAUGCUGAGUGUUAACCCUUCUCCUGCCACUCCACAGUCAAGCAUUUUACUAUCUUUCUCCGACAAAAGUUGGGGUUCAGCUUAAUGUUGCUGCUUGUUCUCCAAAAAGUCAACGGGGAAGUCACUUCCUUGCAAACCUGACAGCAUUCAGGCCCCUGUUUUCUCUGUGCCAUAAUGUCAAUCAGUAAAUUGAUGUUAAGUCUGAAUGUAAGUAGAAACCAGGCACUGGGGAUUUCCCCUUGUGGGACUACUAAAGGAGUAUCUUUACUUAUUUCAUUGCACAGUCAACCUGAUAAACUUCAAAUGUAUAAAAGCUUCUCUGUGAGACCUGCUUUAAUUAUCAAAAUGUCAACCUGCAUCAUACUAAAGAAAUCUUCAAUCUGAAGGGGCUUCUAUUAGAAGUUUUACAGUAAGUAAAUGUCUAGUAUUUAGCUCUUACUUUGCAAGUUUAAAAAGUAAAUGAUGGUUGAAUAAGCCCUUAACCUUGUAAUGCAGCAUUAAAGGGCCUUUUUAAAAUCUGAUAUGUUGAAUUCAGUAACAUACGCAACAUUAGAGAAAGACUUUUAUAAAGGUUAGUUAUCUUGCAUUUAGAAAACACCUUUUACCAUACAGUAAGAAUAUGAACAAGUGAGGAUGUGCAAUUUCAACAACAAUUAAGCUAACAAAACGUUUAAAUAAAAUCCUUAUCCGUUCCCCUUCUCUCUCAUCACAUGGAGGUACAUCCUCUUACGUUUCCUCUUAAAGUUUCAAAGUUCUGUCCAGAAGAUCGUCUCCUCACGCCAGAGUCAUCUCCACAUCUACAGGGUCAAUAAUUUUGUCCUCUUUGCUGAGGCCAUUUGCUAUGGGCUCAGGCACGCCCUCAUCCAGACCCUCGUUGGUCGGCGAUUGGAAGCCGCUGUCUCCAUGCGAGCUUGAGUCUGUAGCUGAUGGUGGUUUCGGCGACGACUCGCUAUCUGACUCUGCAGUGGAGACCUCAGCGAUCCCUUCGUCCUUCUGCACCGCUGUGUUUAUUUCAUCCACAGCGUUCUUGACGGCUGUUUCCUCUGUAUUCUCCGUGUCAGCUUUCUGCUUCCUGCUUCCUUUUAGCUGCCGGAGGAGCGACUGUGGGGACGUCUUGUCUCGUGGGGAUUUACUGGGGACAUCCUCCACCACGGUGGUCACAUGAGUGACAUCCUCCUCCACCCCGUCUUCCAGGGUGACUUUGCUGAUGGUUGGCUCCGUCUCAUUGGUCUCAUCGCUCUGUUUCUCCUCUGACACAGGGACCAUCAUCUCUAUGACCGGGUUAAUCAGGUCCCUGAUCUCGUGCACACUGUCAGGAGACUUGGGAUCCUCAAGUGGGCUGAAGUCUUGCUCCUCCUUCUCCUCUUCUUCUUCUUUUAUCACCUCCUCCUUCUCUUUCUCCUCUUCUUCUUUUAUCACCUCCUCCUUCUCCUCCUCCUCCUCCUCCUCUUCUUCUUGCUCAUCCUUUUUAACCCCUGACACAUCAGCACCCUCCUCUGGGAUGAGAUCCACCCCUGGGACCUCCAUGCAGGACUCAUAGGGUAAAGGAACUCCGUCCAGCUGGAUCAUGGACACCACCUGCUUGCGUCUGCUCCCAGAGCCUCCUCCUCCCACUCCUCCAUCAACAGUGCCCUCUGUCUCAUCCCCUCCAAAUUUGGCGGCCCAGUCCACUUGAGAGUUUUCUCCGAGGAGGUGCAGGUUCGGGUCGCUGUUUGUCAGGAUGAUGCUGUCUCUGUAGAGGUUGUGUCUCCUCUGGACGGCCGCCUCCUUCACAGCUAGACGAAGAAAACAAGGACAAGCAAACGUGUAAGGUCAAAGUAAAGAUGAAACAACAGUGCUAACCCCCACUUUCAUCUGCAUCCCUCACCCAUCAUUAUGUCCUUGGAGACGGACUGCAGCACCACCUCCUCAAACAUGUUUUCCACCAGCAAGAAACGGGAGAAAUCCUCAAAGAUUAGCUCCUUAAAGCGAGGCAGCUCCUGCAAAAUCAAGGAGUAUCGCAAUCCAUAAACUGUGGAUUGUGUAAAUGAUAUAUUUGGGUUUUAAAUUAUGUAUUUAUCAGAAAAGUGUUGAGUGGCUGUCAGGCUUUACUCACAGAUGAGAAGGACGGAGACAGCUGCUGGAGCAUGUACGGGAUGAUGAUCUGCAGGAGAGCCUCUCUGAAGAACUUCUUUCUCACUGUGCUGCUGUCAUAAUCAUAUUUCUGACAGGGGGGAGAAGACAAACACAUGAAGGCUGUGUCUUUCUCUUUGUCCUCUAUAUCACUUCUGUUUUGAGUCCUUCUCUCUUUACCUUGAGAACCCUGUCUUGGCAUCGCUGGAUGGUCUUGCAGAUGUCGUCGUCUCCCUGAGCCUCUAAAGACUGAUUCAGCAGCUGCUCAAACGUGUACACUGCAUUGUCCAUUUGCUGGGAACAAAUGUUGCAUAGAAGAAGUUUUUUAUGGUAUACAGUAGCACAAUAAAAUAUCUGAUGCUGGUUAGUUUUGUAAAUAAGAUCUUGGCCUUAUUGGCUCAGUUUGUUGUGAAGUUUGUCACACUCUCUUCUUCCAGCAGGUGUCACUAAAGGGUUUUCUACAGACAUGAUGAGCUGACAGUGUGUGUUCCCUUACUAGAUUCAAGGAAGUAUUUCAAAGGCCUCCUAACACCACAUAGAUAGAUGUUUAAUCUUAGUGUUACAUCAGAGAAACCCUCUAUUGUGCCUUACCUCCCUCAUGAGGAUCUGAGCCCUGCUGACGAACACAGAGGGGUUGGAGACCUCAAAUCUCUGCUGCAGCCCCUCCAGAUUCAGCUGCUCCACCUUUUCAUAGCAGCUCUGCAUCUUCACCGGGUGGAAGGCGAGCAUGGACAGCCUGUCCAUGUGCUGCGGGGCGACACACAGAGGUGGGCAACAGUCGAUUGUUUUAGUAAAACUCAGGUUGGUGAAGUGAUGGUGGCUUUUGAGGACAAAAAGCUACUGUGAUGCAUUAGUGACCGUGUCUUACUACUUUUUUCUGUCAUGACUAUACAUCUAUGAAGCCUUCAGUGCAUGCAUGAGACCAUCAAAUCUUUUUAUGUGAGCUACAACAGAUCUGAACAGCCACAGAUGCAAUUUUUUAUUUUAUUUUCUUGCAUUUGAUUUUCGUCUUUUUUAUGAUCUGAAGAGAAUUUUAACAAACAAGACAUCUCUAACUUUUUAGUGCCCAGCAAGACAGACAAACACUGCGUUCAUUUAGCAGGCCUUGUUGAUAAAACAGCUUAUAAAGUCAUGUGCUUUAUUAAUACUAUAAUCACUCUUCAAUCAUAGCGUUACUCAUCUGUAGAUAGAAACAGCAUCAGAGAUAUUUGCCGAAGACUCCUGACUCACUUCUCCGAGCUUUUCUUUGCCUCCUCCAUUGAGCGAGUUCUUGCUGAUCUCCACCAGCUCCCUGAAGAAGACGUCCCUGACCUCGGAGAAACCUCUGCUGGUGGGGUCCAUCAGGGCCUCCAGGAUGGAGCUGAUGUAGGGCUGGACGUUUGUGUUCAGGACUUGCUCUGCCUUGGGCAACACCAGAGCUGCAGUAUGAACACAUGAAGAAUUAAUUUAAAAAACGUUGCUAGUGCUGGGAAAUAAGGCCACAGUAUGGAGGAAAACAAAGGCACGGCUCCAACCUCACGUGAACUCUUCAAAUAUUUGAUCACAGAGUAAAGUGGAUUGUUUCAUGGGUUGAAAUGGUUGGUAUGUUUGCGAUGACAAUUGUGUAAUUUCAAUGCACCCAGCUGUACAACAGCACACAAUCUGCUGACAAGAUACAUUUCACAGCUUGGAUUACAUCUUUGCAUCGCCCUCAUGUAACGUGACCUCACAUCAUUUAGUGCAGCUGACUCCUCUUUUGAGCCCUAUCUGUGGGAUAAAGUCAGAAACGGCUCAUACAGUGCAGGCGAGGGAAUGCAGCUCUGCAACUUUAGCUCAGUGGGACACCACACAUGAAAAUAUGAGCAGACAGUGCCAAGAUAACCUUUGAAUAGAGAGCUGACAGGCUCAUGCUCAGAGGUAAUCAAUCAGGAGGAGUGACUGACAGAAGGAGAGACUCACUGAAUAAAGAGAGGAGAAAUUGUGGAGGGUAAAAUUAAAGCUGGAACGUAACAAAGAAAAGGCCCAGUUGGUACAAAAUGUCUAAAACUAUUUGAUAGAAACUUGAGUAGUGUGGUGGUUUUCAGCCGUCAGAGUAAUCAUUCCCCUCUGCCAACAAUCUGUGAACCAGAGAUCCCACAGCUUUAUCUCAAAGAGUCAAACAAUGAAGCGUUCACCUGAGGCCAGAGGAUCAUAUUACAAUGAGCAGCAAGUGGACCAAGUCAAAAUACAGCGCAUGAUGUACAGCGUUCAUUCAUUCAAGUUUCCUGGUGUUCCCCCUAGUAUUUCUAAUCUCCUCUUGACUUAAAAAAAAUAUAUAUUUAACUGACUUUAAACUUGAUUUCAUCUGAGUAUUAGUUAAUGAUUUCCAGAGAAUAAACACAACUAUGGGUUUUUGAACAGCGCAAAACUUUCAAGCUUUACUUUGAGCGUUAAUCUCUUAAAUCCUGAUUAAUUGCCGAAGUUCAAUAGUUAAAUGAUUCAUUUGAAAAAAAUUUAAAAGUUCACAAUUAUAUGUAAAGAAAAAUUGUUUACUGUGUAAUUAAUUUUGAUUACUCUUUAAGACCUUUUUAUUCACUAAGUUCAUGCAACAGCAAGGAUAAUUAUUAUCAUUGAUCAUUUAUUGGUUACUUAUAUAAUCUCUUAUAUCUGGUACCUUGUCCAUUCAUCAUAAUUGUUCAUUUAUCUGCAGUGCUUCAUGACUGAAUGCACUUUAAGGAGCUUUGAAAUAUCUUUUAUCUUUUAGUUUCUGGCUUUCUGUAGUUUAGUGUCGUUAUUUUUCACUUGUACUCAGGAUUUUUCCCUGUGCCUGUAUGUUCUAUGUUUUUAUGUUUAUCAUGUACUGUUAUGCUGAUGCCUGCUGUAAACCAAAUUUUCCACAGGGUGAUAAUAAUUAAGUUAAAGUUUACAGGAGUUCCAGUAUAGUUGGUUUCCCUGUUUCACACUGCGACCAUAGACAUGAAACUUAGCUCCCUGUGACAUGGCUGCCCCGGUAUGCUUCACUGAUGGGUGUCAGCUUAGAUUCAAAAGAGUUCAGUGAUAUUUUAAAUGCUUUUGAUACAAAGUGUUCUUUGCAUAUGACUUGUUUACUUAGCUGUCUUGUUUAAUCACAAUGGCAGCAAGGACAGUAAAACUCAGCAGGGGCUUAACUACAGUGCGCUAAAUGGGACAAAAUGACGAGCAGUUUAAAAAAUAGUGCAGGAAUUUGGUCCUUAAUCACUUCAACCUAAUGUACUAAGGCUGACAGCCCUACUUUGAGUAUUUACAGGUGAGGUCACAUGGUACAGUCAAGCAGUGUUUUGACAUCUUGAAUUAGAGGAAUAAUGCAUGUUAAAUGCCACAUGUGUUCUGACUGCAUAACAAUGCAAAUAAUAUGGUUAUACGACAACAACUUAAACAAAAUGACUUAAAUACUGCCUCCGAUUAACAGACAAAACUUUGAUGAAAACAUCAUUAAACAUGGUGCCUUUAUUAUAGUUCAUUACCUCUGACUGAUAGUGACUGACUCAAACAGAGGGACACCUGCGUGUAGAUCUCACCUCGUAUCUUGUUGCUGACGUGUUCCUUAGAUGUGAUGAGUUGGUCCAUGUCUGUCCGCAGUCUGGUGUCCAGCUGUACUCUCUGGGCUUCACAGCCUACAACGAGUGCAUCAUACUGCCCAGUGGUCUGAGCCAGCACCUGCUUAUACACCGCAUCAGAUAUCUGAGAGGAGAGAUGUUGGAAAGAGAAUUGGUUUAGACUCAUUUAUGUCUCUCUCCUUUGUUUGUGAAAUAUGCCUGCAGUGUGUCUCUGAGGGGACAGGAACUCACCAACAUCCAGCUCCUCUGUCUUUGCUGCAUCUUCCCUUUGAGACGAGGACCGAUCACGUUUCUCAGUUCUGGAUGGAGGGUCUCCAUCACCAGGUUAGCCAGAAUCUGCACACACAAAAUACAACAGUCAUGUAUUCACACACUUACAAUAUUUCAUCUGAAAAGAAAUUCAUAUCUACGCUUUAUAAUUAACAUAAAUAUAAGUUAGUUAUAUUUAUUUUGACUUGUUUACAUGAUUGUUGUCUAUCAAAUAGUCAGUAUUGUUGUUACAAGUUAUACUGAAGCUACGAUGUCAAUUUGUUAACUCUGGAUGUUUAAAAAGGUAAUGUGCUGUUAAAAUAUUCACUAUGUUUAAGGCAUAAAGUAAUAGCAAAUUUGGGUGUUUUUCACCACACCUCUAAUUCAGUCUAUAUUGUAUAUAUUCUUUUUAUGGACAAAAAUAAAAGUGGAAGUAAGAAAUGUUCAUAAAUAUUUGAGAACCUUUUUACUUUUCUACAAAGGAGGAUAAGGGCCACAUCAAGAGAAAAAAAUAACUAUAAAAAGGAGAUUAAAGUAGAAAUUUCAAAUUUCAAAAAAAUCAAAUUGAUACUUUUUACUGUCAAUAAAGUUAAAAUUUUGAGAUUAAAAAUAGAAAUUUCAGGAUUUAAGUCAAAUUUUUGAGAUUUCGAAAUGUUGUGAAUAAUGUAGAAAUUUCGAGAUUAAAAAAAUUUAAAUUUCGAGAUUAAAGUCGACAUGAAUAAAAUUGAAAUUUCAACUUUUUCAAAUUUCGAUUUUAAUCUCGAAAUUCUGACUUUAAUCUUGAAAUGGAAAUUAAAAAAAAAAAACUUUCCUGUAAUUAUUGUUUUCUCUUCUUGUGGCCCUAAUCCUCUUUCGUACUGUGCGCAUACAAAGUACAUUUCCAGUAAGUUACUUAUACAGUUUUUAUCAAAAAAAUACUGAUCAUCCUGCUAAAGCUUUUAAAGUUGACUAAGUAAACACAUUAAUUUCAGGGGGCUACAGCGAAGCGGAUACAAACAGGAAACAUGAAGAUUAAUGAAGUGACUGCAGUAAACACACAGAGGCACUAUUGAGCUCAAACAGGGUCCUGAAAGGGUCUCUUUCACAGAGGAGACCCCUAUUAACAGUGUGUGUGUGUUUGUGUGUGUGUCCCUGUGAUUGCUGGUAUGUUGAGGGGUGGGUCUUUUUUCCCUCAGACUCUUUGAAGGUCUUGUGUUGGUGCAUUCUUGUACUUUGGUGAGAGAAAGGGGUGUGUGCAUGAUGUAGCUGGAGUGUUUUCAUGAGCUAAAUUGAUUUGGAAACCAGCACCGCAUCCAUCACUGCUACCUCUCUGCAAGUGAAACUAUGACCUGAACCUGAACUUUGGACUGGCACUCAAAGGCCCUGCUUACAAAUUGUUGCUGAAAAGCUCUUAAAUCAUCUCUGACCUGUAAAAAAACAUGCAAUUUCAAGGAGGAAUAUCCCAAGUUUUAAGGCUAUUUCUGAGAGGAAAACAUGAGCUGUUUCCGGGCCUUGACUGAUUUCACCGGUAAGGUGGCAUUCAAAAACAGUAAGUGUAAAAUCUCUGCCAGUGGUAAAGAAGGCCAUCUUUCAUGACACCAGAGUUACGAUGUGUCUUAUGUUCAUUCUUAAACGCAAAGGCCAUGAGGAUCUUUCUCCAUCUGAAAAUGCAUACUUUAGAGGAUCCAGCCUCUGAACUACGACACAGCAAUGAAAUACUUGAUCUGUGUGGUCCUGACCUGUGGGGGCUCUCCACACAUCAUAUCCCAGGUCCCAUAGUGUCCCUUGGCUUGUCUGUGCAGUCUCACAGCAUCAGUAAAGGCCGGUGUCUGGACUGUCUGCUCCUCUGGGAGACCUGUUGGUGACAAGAAUAAACCUAGAUCAGUCACAUGACAUAACAAGACACUUUUAUGGUCACCGAAUGUGUCUCAUCACUGAAAAUAGAGAGUAAUGGGAUGAUUUUCUGCAUUAUAUGAUUUCUUUGUGUUGGUCCUGUAACACUCUGCUGUGAUUCAGUACAGAUGAAGAAAAUGAAAAACAAUAACAACAGUUUCCAUUAUGUCUGCGUCACAUCUGUGAGGCGGUCUACAGGAUAAUUUUGGCCAACAGUUUAUUCAGUAACAGUUCCUGGAGUGUCGGAAAACACACACAGAGACCCUGCCCCUACCACACGCAGCUGUGUCAUCCCUCAAAACAGGAAGAUGAUUGUUUGUUAGAGGACAGAUUACAUGUGGUUGCUAUGGUUACUGCCCCUCCUAGCUGAAGAGACAAUAGAAGCUACUACCAGAGAGCUCGGUGCUGUGUGUGCAUUUUAAGGAAGUUGUUUUUUUGUGGUUUGUGGUGGUGUAAAAGUGAUGAAAAUACACCCGCUCUGGAGCUGCCUCUGCCCUUCUUUCAAGGACGUUAAAGAGGUGAGGGACACUAAGUGCUGAAAGUCAAACAUCCAAACAAAAAAGUGUAAAACAGGUGUGUGAGAUAAAAAUAAAACACACCUACAAUAAGCAGUCUGUCCUUGAGAAUAGUUCUUUCUUUAAAUAAAUGUGCAUCACUCUUUUGUCGUGUUUCUCCUGUGGCCAUAAGAGUCACUCUUUCUGACGCACAAGUUUGCCUUUUUUUGACCAAGCCCUUAUUUUAAUGUUUCAGUUUGAUGGUCGGUAAACAAUAGCAUCAUUGCCCUUCUCUUUUAGCUUUGGCUUUGUCUUGUAAAGGGGCAAAUAUAGUAAACAAAGCCCUUUUCUGUUUCUUUUGAAGAGAUUUUUUUGACUGAAAAUUUUUAGAAAGAGAUCAUAGUCCUCACCACAGCAUCCAUGCUAAAACUUUGCUGACAACACUUUAAUAACUUUAAGCAUUAAAAUUGAGUUUGAGUAUUAGAUCACAAGAAAUCUGCCCUGACUUAUUAACUAGCUGUGAUGAACACAUAUCAGUACAUGCAGAGGAGGGAAUAAAAUCCAAUUACUCAACCCACAUGUAUCCAUAUGUUUAGCACCGAGCCUAAGUGUACAAAAAAAUCUGGAUAUAUUUGGCCCAUAUAUAUAUUAAAUAAGGUAGACAGAUCAGUCUUUUUAAUGUGGUUUCUUUUACUGCUUAAAUGGUGCCUGUCCUUUGUUUCAGUGCACACCCUGAUAUGAUGCAUGAUAAAUACUUCCACAUGCUGUGAAUGACGUGGAGUAAGUAGACUUCAUUACGUUAGUGCUUGGAUGUGUGCUGAUGUCAGCCCUUUUGUCUGUUUUUUUUUAUUUUUUUACUAUAAUAGGAGACUCCAGUCUGCUGCGUAAUCACCUUAAUUCAGAGAUAAACUAAGGAACGUCAACACCAGGAACACUCGUAUCAUCAGGCAAAGUUUUGUGUUACGUCAUUCCUUCAGUCUGUGAUCAGCUGCUCCGCCCAGCUGAUUGUGCAGUGUGUGUUUGUGUGAAAAACAGAGUGCAUCCUUCACUAUCGUUGGCAAAAAAGUUUAAUGUUUUUUCAAGUUUAAUGGAGGUGAAAUGAGGUUUCGUGUUAAUUUGCAUCCAAAAUGAGAAAGUGAGACUCAUGAAUGAUGCCAAGUUUGAACUCUUAUACUUCAUUAGAGCUGUAUGCUAAAAACUGCACUUAGAUAACAGUUUGAUAUGGACAAUAUAAUACCUUGUGGAACAAUCUCAUGAACAAGUUAAAAUCUGUCUUAAAAAGUUUUACAAUUGUACUGCAAGUUAUUAUCUAUUGUGCGCAGUUUGUUUUACUGUGUCCGGGUGUCAUGUUAUUAUCUGUGUCCAGAUUAUUAUACUGUGAAGUAAAAUUCCCGAUGAUAAUGAAGAGUGACCGGUUUUUAAUUUUUGCAAAACAAUGUUGUAAUGUGCAUCAGAUUAUCAGUAGUUCAAUUCAGAUAACCUUUAUCAACAUAAAAGUCAAAGUGAUAUAACCAAAGCAUAAACAAUAUCACAGUAAUCAGUUAAUGAAAAAUAUCACUGGUUAAUUUGGAGUGCGCACAAGUAAAUGUCUCGUGCCACAAAGUAUUACUGGUAUAUUUAUUAUUUAAAGUGGUUUUACUUUAACUGUUCCUAUAAUCAUGCUGACUUUGGGACCUACUUCUCUCUUAGCUGUUAGGUUUGACAGUUUUGUCAGUCUCUCUGCAGUAAAAGAGAAAUAAUACGACAUAAUCUGAACACUACACUACCAACCCUCAAAGACAAUUAAGAUUAUUCCUCUUGAAAUGCCAACACAUUAAAAAAAUGCAGCAGUGCCAGUGAUUGAUGGAUAGCUAGUUUACCCGCAGCAUGCCUGUGGAGUCUGUCAUACACAAGCAGCCAUGUGCAUGUGUGUGGUUUUAUUUCCUCACUGUCUGAAGGAAGUUGUUUUGUCUGUGACUCAGGGAAGGCUCACAAAGACAGGAAGUGACCAAAGAGCGAGGAGGGGAGAGCCAAAGCCAGACAGGAAGUCGUUUCUGCUCCAAGCUUCCUAAGACCGCAUUCUAAUACAAGUACUUCCUCGCUUUUUAGUAUACCAGAUAGAAGAUUGAUUAUGUCAGAG